AUGGCAUUUCACCCCAACGUUACUCCGACACCAAGAAACCCUCCUUCACAAUCCAAACUACCGUCGACGGCCAAGAAUGCAACCUCUAGUGGCGGAGCACCUCCGAAUAGCAGUUCUUCCGACAAUCUUGGUGAAGAACCAAGUAAUGCAGAACAAAUCGACAAGGAUGCGAUCAAUUCUGAAUGUGAGCGGGCGCUUGCUGCUCUUGGCCAAAGAAACCAAACCGAAGCCCUAAACUCAUCAAAGACGCAUGCGUUCGCUACGAAAACUCAGCUCUCGUACACCACACUCGAGCCUCUAUACACACCAGAAUCGCUGCUCAAAUAG